GGUGUACGUACCUGUGGCAGCAGUUUUUCUUGGCUUUUCGGCCUGUAAUUUCAAAACCUUCGCGAAUUGGCUGGACCCCGUGCGACUUCUAACAUCCAACGGGGCUGAGCAUCGUCUUUCCUUUGUUCUCUGCCCAAUUCUACAACGCAUCCUGCGCAUCCCACACUUUACAUUAUUCUACCUUAUCUCUUCAUCAGCACAUCAACGCUAACCCGUACCAUUCAACCUUCCCCAUUCCAUUUCCAUAACUUCUGCAACCCGUCAGAAUAAUCUAACCCGCCGGUCGGCUACGUCGGUUCGAUAACGAAAUACCGAAAUUCAAUUCGACUUCCCUUCAAAAAGUUCCGAUCUACUCCUGUUUCCGCUCCUGUCGCAACUGUCACAUAAAUCACCACCUCGCGCAAGACGUAGCCAUUAGUUCAAUACUCUCAUUGAAAGAAUACUUCACAAACUUGACAUUGGUAGGAGGAUAGGGUAGUCCAAGGAUCGAACCCAACAGUUAAUAAACGAACCGCCGAACCUUCCUCUGGUAUUCGCUUCGCUUUCCGGAUGUUCGAGUCGGAACCGGCGCGAUGAAUUUAACAUGUAAUUCAACGUUGGAGGAUAUGAAGAUCGGGUCGGAGGAGAAGAUCGCAGGACCCUUAACCUUCCAUCAACUCGCCCUCAUCAUCGCCGGCGCCAGUACGAUAAUCGCAUAUAUUAUGAGUUUCUAUUUGAUGUGGCGACAUGCUAUUAACUACACCAAGCCUCUCGAACAGAGACACAUCAUCCGCAUCUUAUUUAUGGUCCCCGUAUACGCCACCUCGGCUUUCCUAUGUAUAUGGUAUUACUGGCAUGCCGUUUACUUCCAGGUUCUCAGCGACUGCUACGAGGCUUUCGCCAUCGCUUCUUUCUUUGCCCUCUUGUGCCAUUACGUAGCACCGGAUUUGCACGAGCAAAAGGAGUUCUUUCGACAUAUGCGCCCGAUUAAACCAUGGGUAUGGCCUGUGAAUUGGUUUGCCAAAGCUUGCGGCGGGAACAGGGGACCUUGGAGAACUCCUCAAAGCGGCCUGACAUGGUUUAACAUUAUUUGGAUCGGUAUCUACCACUACUGUUUCAUCAGGGUUGCUAUGACUAUCACUGCUGUUGUGACACAGUAUUAUGAAAAGUACUGCGAGAGCUCCAACAGCCCCGUUUUCGCUCACAUCUGGGUGAUUGCAAUCGAGUGUAUAGCAGUAACCAUUGCUAUGUACUGCGUCAUUCAGUUCUAUGUCCAGCUAAGAGAGCCACUAGCCGAGCAUAAGCCUUUUCUAAAGGUACUAGCCAUCAAACUAGUCAUCUUCUUGUCCUUCUGGCAAACUAUCGCUAUAUCCCUUGGAACGUCCACCCUUCAUAUUGUGAGCGCGAAUGCUGUUCUCGCCUAUCCGGAUUUAAAAGUCGGCAUACCUAGUUUGAUGCUUUGCGUCGAGAUGGCCCUCUUUUCGAUUCUGCACCUCUGGGCAUUUCCUUACGCUCCAUAUGUCGAAAACGCCAAGACGAGCUUCUACCCCGUUCCCGAUCCCUCGAUGGGAAUACCGCCUCGCGAGAAUGAGCAUGGUCCUAAAAUGGGCGGCUUCAUGGGGUGGAAAGCCUUUGUUCAUGCUCUCAACUUAUGGGAUGUUAUUAAGGCCUUUGGCCGUGGUAUGCGAUGGUUAUUUGUUGGGGUUAAGCGCCGUAAACAAGAUCCUAGCUACCAGUCCAAAUCUGAGGAUAUCGAUACUAGUUAUCCCAUGAAGCCUUACGCGGGCGGCCCCGGUAACAAAGGCACGGAUCAUUUACCGAUCGCCAAUGAAUUCCGCAGAAGCGCAUUUGGGAUUCCUCAGACACCCAACGAACCUGUUCCUGAGGAGAGCGCCGGGUUGAUUACGAAUGCGCAACCGAACCCUGCUAGUCCCCCAAGACAGCAACCCAAUCCGUACAGGGACCCGAGGCAACCUCAAUUAUACGAUCCUAGCCCGUCAGGGAUUUACACGCCAUACGACGACGACCGAGGUGACCUUGGGUCCGCCGGACGCGCGCGGUACGAGUAUGAUUCCAACGAAGUCAACAGCUACCAAGGUGGAAGCACGGCGGGCUGGAGUGAGCCUCGAGGCGCACCCAGGCCCGGUAGGAGAACUUCAGCACAAGUCCACGUUGGCAAUGCACUAUGGGGCGACCGUAAUAUGCGCGGCGGCGCGAUCUAAUGCAGUUCUUCAAUGGUGAAGGCGCAUAAGAUUUUAUUCUUUAUUCACUACCUUGGUACGGUGCAUAUUUGGUUGGUGGGGUCAGCCUUGAAGCUUGGCGUUCUGGGAUCAUUUGAAAGGUGUUUGCUGAGGCAUGGCGUUUUAGCUGGUCCGCUACGUUUACCAGGCGGGACUUGAUGAUAUGUUUCGCCUUUUUUAACUGGACUGCUUGGACGGAUCAUUGCAUUUCGGGCACCAUUUGGCUUACGAUCUGGAAAGUAGCUGGUCCGGUUGGUUGCUAAAAGACAUAUAGAUAGAUACCUUUGUGUUUGUUGUCUAAUGAAAUGAUAUGCAAUAUUCUGCAAUAUCUCAUUAUAAUGAUCAUGUAAGAUUACCUCGUAUGAGUUUAGGAGCUCUGAGAGUAAUAUUGGCGCACGAAGUAUGUGUUAGUUGAUAUCUCGGACUCGCAUACAAUCUCACUAUAGGACUAGCCUCAACAGCUAUC